GUUUGCAACAUAACCUGUUGUCGCGUUCAUUGUAACAGUGUGAACAAUUCAAAGCUGUUGUGUGAGAAAUGGUGAAUCGGCGCUUCACUCAGGUCGCCACAAGCGACGACGAAGAAGACGAAGCACCACCGCCACCUCAGCAUUCAAAGCUUCGAAAACGAAAGAAGAUGAAGCUUAUAGACGAAGAAGACGACGAAGAAUCCAACGACAAUAGCAAUAACGAUAGCGAUGCGAAGGAAGAAGAGAAAAAGGAUUCACCUCAAACUCCAGAGGAUGCAAAGCCGAUUGGUGAACCACUUAGGGUUUCGGGGAAAGGAAGAGGGAGGAAGAGACAUUACGAAUCGUUUGAGUUUGAUGGAAAUCAAUAUUCUCUUGAGGAUCCUGUAAUGCUUGUGCCUGAGGAUAAAGAACAAAAACCAUAUGUUGCUAUAAUCAAGGACAUUAUACAGUACUUUAGUGGCAGCAUAAUGGUGGCUGGACAGUGGUUUUAUCGUCCUGAAGAAGCUGAAAAAAAAGGCGGUGGAAGCUGGAAAUCGUGUGAUACAAGGGAGCUUUUUUAUAGUUUUCACCGUGAUGAGGUUCCUGCAGAGUCUGUUAUGCAUAAGUGCGUGGUGCAUUUUGUGCCCUUGAACAAACAGUUUCCGAAACGUAAGCAACAUCCUGGCUUCAUCGUACAAAGGGUGUAUGACACUUUGGAAAGGAAACUCUGGAAGCUGACUGAUAAGGACUAUGAGGAUGUUAACCAGCAAGAAAUUGACGAGCUUGUUCAGAAAACUAUAAAACGCAUCGGUGAUCUACUUGACAUUGAGCCUGAAGAAGCCCCUCCUGCUGUUCAGGAGGACAUGACAAAAAAUAAAAGAAGCUUAAGGAGAAAGAGCAUUUCUCCCAUUGAUGUUUCAAGGGAGGAGGAAGGAGUUUCUAAGAGUGACCAACAUUCCAAGCCUGAAACACCUGGGAGUUGUGUUAAUAAUGACUCAGAGCAUCAUCGCAUAUUAGUAAAUUUCAAUGCACUAACUGGAAACAUUCAUCGCGACAAAUGGUUGGAGAGGUUGCUUCAACACAUUCAGUACAUGUGUAAUAGUGAUGAUAGUACAGAAAAGGAAAAAGGAUCAGGAAAUGCCGAGUCUGAUGAAAUCAAGAAUAAAAGCAAUGAUAGAACUUCAGAAAUAGCAAAUGACUCUCAGAACAAGGGUCAGAAGAGUUCCGAGUCUUUUGUGUGGCCAGAUGCUGCUGUUUCAGCCAUAGUUGCUCUUGAAAAAGCUUCCCAUGAGGCUUUUUCAACAGAUUUUCAGAAGUAUAACCAAAAGCUGCGGCAAUUAGAUUUUAAUCUCAAGAACAAUGCAUUGCUAGCACGCCGUCUGUUAAAUGGAGAGUUGAAACCUUCUAAAAUUUUGAAUAUGACACCCAUUGAAUUAAAGGAGGGUUUGACUGCUGAGGAAAAAACCAAGAAGGAGCCUGAUGAGAAACAACACAUGCAAAUGACAGAUGCCCGCUGUUCAAGAUGCACGGAUUCUAAGGUGGGUUUGAGGGAGAUUAUCCAUGCUGGACAUGAUGACCGUUAUCAGCUGGAAUGUGUUGCCUGUGGUAAUUCCUGGUAUGCCUCCCGGAAUGAGGUGUCUGCACUGACCAUAGAUGCAUUGGAUUCAAAGAGAAGCAUGAGCACAACACCAUCUUCCACCGCAAAAUUUGAAGAUGUUCAGAAGAAGCUGGUGAGUCCCCGUGGCUCUGAAAACUCAGCUGAUGACCUCUCUAAGAGAACAGGUGAACCAUCUAUGCCUGAUUUGGCCGCCCAGAAAUCAUUUGGCAAGCCCAAGAAAGAUGACAAUGUUGAGGCCAAUAGACAGGCUGAUAAGGAAUGAUUUAUGCUGUUCUCUUUAGACGUUGCAAUUUAUUUAUGUUGAGGGCUUGAGGCUGAAACCAGCAAAAGUUGUGUAUGUAGAGUUCUGCUGUUUCAUCACUUGCAGACAGUGAUAUUUUGGUCCUAAAGGGUAGUGUUAAUUGCAUCAUAGCAAUAUUUAUUUGAGUUUACUUUGAGUAGUUGUAAACCUUUUGAAAUCGUUAAUAAACAACAGAAAAUUUCAAUAAAUAAAACUCAUGUUCUUUUAA